AUGAUACGACUACGAUAUCAAAUCCAGGCUGUCAAUAGAACUCGUCGCAACAACCACUUAGCAUUUUUUGGAUCGCAUAAAUCAAUUCAUUAUUUAACCAACAACUACAACCGAAAAUUCAACAAAGUACGACUAUCAAAAAUUAUAAUAUCAGGUGAAAUACAAAUCUUUGGACUGGGGAAUCAUGUUGCUGGUUUUUUUCAAAAGAGGCAAUUGUCUUAUCCAACUUUAAACCUCGAAAAAGCUCCAACAAAGGAAUUUUUGUCUAGUUAUUUGGACCACAAAUUUGAUAAAGCAAAUAGACUAAUAUUUGAUGAGAAAUUUCAAAACCAAUACUUAACAUUUUUAAAGAAUCAAGACCAAUUUACUAGAAAUGAAAUCGAUGACUUAGCAAACGACUUUCACCACGUAGUACAGGCAUCAUUUGAAUUUAAACAAGGAUUUCGGUUGAUCAACGCGUUUAUAACAAUCAUCAAUAGCAAAGAGCCUAAUAGAAGUAUAGAGGAGCUAAAAGCUUUAUUACUUCAGGGAGAUUUACUUUCUAAGUUUGUCUUGCAUGGUGGAUUCUAUGAUUUUUACGAGUUGAAUAUUGCACCUGAGCUUGAGAAAAAUGGAACCAGAUCAUUUCUUGACCAAACCAUUUCAAUCUUGAAAUUGCAAAAGAAGUCAAACGGAGAGUUAUCUUUCGAUUCAGAAGGAAUCUUGGAUUAUUUGGAGAGCUGCUCCAAAAGAGAUGGGAGGAAAUUGAUCAAUAUAUUUGUUUCGAAUAGAUACAAUAUGAGCAUAACUUAUGACGCAAAAUUGAAGACAAUAAGGGAUUUUUUGAAUUAUGCCAAAGUUGUAGAAGGACAGGAUUGGAUGUUGAAUGAAAACAUCACUGCUUAUGAUGAACUACUUAAAAUCAUAGGAUUGCCCCCAAAAGAAGUCUCAAAAGUUGAUCAAUUUUUGCAAGAUUUGAUACAAAUUUCAGAGCAAAUAUACGAGGAUAAUACGUCUUACUACCUUAUAACGCAGAUUAUGAGAAAUAUGAUUACAAAAUCACCAUAUUUAACGUACAUAAUGUUUCAAUUUAAAUCGUCAGAGAUACGACAUCGUAAUCUUAAGAGAUCAAAAGUUCUUAACAAGCUUGAUUUAGCCUAUGUCAUGGAAGCUUGUUUGAAAUUUGAUGAAAAUAAAAUUUAUGAGUUGUAUAUGCAAAAUCGUGACUUACAUGAUGAUGAAACUCAAGAAUCUGUCUUUCUACAAUUAUGUGUCAAACAUAAAGACUGGAAAUCCUUACAAUCAAGAUUUGAGAACAUGUAUGGAAAAGGAAAUCUACCGGAUACAAUACAUUAUGGUAUUACCAUGCAAGCAUUGGAAUUUUUGGGGGCAGAUAGUGAGUUGGAAAGAUUGUAUGAGCAAAUUUUAGAACGUGACUUGAAAAUGAACUCAGUAAUUUUUAUUGCUAGAAUGAAAGCAAAAAUCAGGCAAAAUGAUCAAGAUCAAAUUUUCAAUUUAAUGCAGGAAUACAUAUAUUUGGCCAUAAAUGAUAAAGCAUACUCGGAUGAUGUAAAAUUUGUUUUUCCUUUCGUAUUGCAACUUUAUAUUCAAGAGCAGGACUUUACCUCGGUGCUAGAUUUAUUGAGGGUUUAUAUGGAGAAAGAGAGAGAGCUCAAUCUAGAAAUUGUUUCACCUGAAGUGUUUUCAAACAUGUCCAACUUAUUUGCUGAAAACUGUGCACUCGCCAACCUAGAAGAACUUUACGUGUUGCUGACAGAAUUCAAUAAACAAGAUUCGAAUUUUUUAGCCAAAAUGGUACAAAGUUAUACUAAAUUGGGACAAUAUUCUAAAGCUGAUCGUUUUGCAUUUGAUGGGCAUUCAAAAUCGUACUUACCAUUUUCCGACUUGCAAUUAUACGCAGCACAAUUUGAAAAUUAUAUGAAGUGGGGGGAACUGAAACCAGGGAUUGAGACACAACGUUACAUAGAUAUAAAAAGUGAAUUCAUCGCAGAUCUGACUUUGAAAACCCAUUUUUCAAUUUUCCAGGCUCAAGUGGGAAGCAUCAAACUACUUAGCAAUAUCAUGAAUUAUUUGCAAAUUAAAGCCAAAAAGGAAUCUAAGGCAAAUGCAAUACCUUAUGUCAAAGGCCGUGAAAUUAAAACAUUUUACAACUUAGUGCGACUGAUGAAGCAUUAUCAUAUAAGAACAAAUGAAGAUCUUUAUCUUCCUAUAUUGAAAGCUAAUUUAAUCUACGAGAAUUUUAAACCUUUGAAUGUCAUGAAAAUCUUUCACGAAAUGAAUCAAAACAGAAUUCUAUUGACUGCCAAAUCCUACAAAUAUUUUAUCAAAGCGAUGAGUUUCUUGGAUCAAAAGUAUGAUAGUAGACUUAAAAAUACUUCAGAUAUGUUAAGACAAAUGUUAGAUACAUACGGAUUUUAUGGUGACAACAAUAAAGCCAAUCCUCAGUUGAAUUUCAAAAAUGACAGCCUACCGAUCGCGGAUAUUGUGAUAAAAUAUGUUGAAACUGUUGGUUUACGUCAAGGAAAUGCAUUAUUCAACAAAUUUAUUUAUUUUUGUGAAAAUGUUUUUGAUGGGAAGUUGCCUUUACCUUUGAAGAUGAAAAUUGAUCGACUUUUGAGGCAAUCAUAUAAACAAGUGAACAAGUAUGAAUACGAUAUGUUUUUAGAUCAAAAUUUAACUACCUAUGCCAGUGUACUUGACCUGUACUUGACACAAAAGCCUGAAACUUUUGACAUAAUAAUUCCACCAAUCUUGAAUGAUACUUUAGCUGACAUUGCGAUGCAAAAAAUGAAACGCUAUCUUGAAACUAAAUCUUUUGACAACAGAAAUCAAGCGAAAAUUUUGGAUAUUCUUGUCAAAGGAGUGAAAUUGAAGAUUGAAGAUUAUAAUUAUUUAAUAUCUAAGUUUUUAAUGAACCCAUAUGACAACUUAGAAACAAUCUUGAUACUCAUCGAACGAGAUUUGAUCAAAGGUAACUUAUCUCAGAUUGAAUUGUACAAGGAGAAAAAACUUUGCUAUAAAAUUUGUUUGGUGUAUUUGGGAAACAAUUACGGUGAUGAUACGGUUGAAGAGAAUUAUAAAAUCUUAUCAGACUAUUAUGGAGUGAAACUGAUCGCGGUGGAAAGAGAGAAUUUAAAAAACAACAAUAUCACUAAUUUCUUAAGAAGUUCUUCGGGUAGAUUGUUCAAUAUUAAAUUAGAUCUGUAUGAUUCUCGAACAAUGAAUCAAUUUAAUUUUAUCGAAUAUUUCAAUCCUGCGAGAGAGCUUACAAGCGAUAUCAAGUUAUUUAACAGCACAUCGAGGCAACUAAUGCAGGUACUAAAACAUCAAAUCAAAACUAAAAACUGGACUAUGGAAACCUUGAGAGCAAAUUAUCCUAAAAUUAUGAGGUAUUACACAACUGAUUUCAAUUAUUAUAAAAACUUGACCAUUUUCAAUGGUAAAAUCGAUUAUCUUAAUUCAUCUCAGAAUUCUCGACUUAGGAGAACAAAAGAUGUUUUGAAAGAAUUGCUUUUCAACUACAAUAAAGAUAAAAUCUUUAUUACAACUGAUGCCACUAUCGAAUCUAAAAUUAAAAUUUAG